AUGGACAAUGAAGAGUUUGGAAAAGGAAAAUUCUUCCGUGCAAGAAGACUUUCAGCUGCCCUAAAUGAAAGAUUAGUGUUGAAGGAUUUCAAUAUUGAAGAUGAGGUUGGCAGUGCUGGAAAGCCUUUAGUGAAACAAGUAUUGAAUGUCGGUGUGACAAAUAAUAUGUUGGAGAUCAGAUUCUAUUUUGCUGGCAAAGGGACAACAAGGAUUCCUGAGAGGGGGGUUUAUGGUCCCAUCAUAUCAGCCAUCUCUGUGUUUUCUGAUUUGAAACUUUGUUCAAGUGAGAAAACGAAGGGAACUGUUUAUGUGGUUGUUGGAGCUGUUGGAGCAUCAUGCCUCAUUGCCAUUAUACUAGGAAGUCUUUGGUGGAAAGGCUACUUGCCAGGAAAAUGGCGCAGGAAAAAAG